CUUAAACAGAAAAAAACAAUUCCCUAAGAAAAAUACCUUCCUUUUUUUUGUUUUGGAAAAAGAGAUUCAAAGUCAAUAUACACAGCCACCGAACAAAUUACUCUAUAUAAAUCCAAUGAAAGCAGAGUAAACAUUUAUAUAGCCAUACAAUUUGUGGCUCGACGUAAAUAACGCGAUUGGAGUCGUUAGAGGAAAAUAAAGUUUAUUUUGUAUACAAUGUCUAUAGCAUUGGGAAACUUAUUUGAUUUGGAAUCACAAGAAAGUGGUGGUUCUCCUUUAUUUAUGUCACCAGCCCCCUCCACGGAUCCACAACCAAUCUCCGGCGAAAAAAACGGCGGCGAUGGUGGUAGGAUUCCGGUAGAAGAGUGGCUGCCGAUCACAGAAUCAAGAAAAGGAAAUGUUUAUACGGCGACGUUUCAUCUUCUCUGUUCGGGAAUUGGUCUCCAAGUGAUUCUUCUUCCUGCAGCUUUCGCAGCACUCGGAUGGGUAUGGGGAACGAUAAUCUUAACGGUAGGGUUUGUAUGGAAGCUCUACACGACGUGGCUUCUUGUUCAACUCCACGAAGCGGUUCCGGGAAUUCGUAUCAGCAGAUACGUGAGACUCGCAAUUGCUUCUUUUGGUGUGAAGCUUGGGAAACUUCUCGGAAUAUUCCCUGUGAUGUAUCUCUCAGGAGGAGCUUGUACGAUUCUGGUUAUAACCGGAGGGAAAUCAAUACAACAACUGUUACAAAUUAUGUCUGACGACAAUACAGCGCCACUUACUUCAGUGCAAUGCUUCUUGGUUUUUAGUUGCAUUGCGAUGAUCAUGUCUCAGUUUCCGAAUCUAAAUUCUCUCUUUGGAGUCUCGUUGAUCGGUGCUUUUAUGGGAAUUGCGUAUUGCACCGUGAUAUGGAUUUUACCUGUAGCUAGUGACUCACAAAGGACUCAAGUCAGUGUCUCGUACGCUACAAUGGAUAAAAGUUUCGUUCACAUUUUCAACGCUAUUGGAUUGAUAGCUCUAGUAUAUCGCGGGAACAAUCUCGUCCUUGAGAUACAGGGUACUCUUCCUUCCGAUUCAAAGAACCCUUCAUGUAAGACAAUGUGGAGAGCAGUGAUGAUCUCUCAUGCUCUCGUCGCGAUUUGUAUGUUUCCAUUAACGUUUGCUGUAUAUUGGGCAUACGGAGACAAGGUAUAUGUCAAAACCAAACACUAUUCCAUUUUUUGUAGGUGUAUAUGUUUGCAUUUACAUUUUGAAUAGAAUUUUUUUUUUUUUGAUAGAUUCCGGCGACGGGAGGUCCCGUGGGCAACUAUCUGAAACUUUACACACAAGAGCACUCGAAGCGAGCAGCCUGUUUCAUACACCUCACGUUUAUCUUCUCUUGCUUAUGUUCAUAUCCGAUAAACUUAAUGCCGGCGUGUGACAACAUAGAGAUGGUGUACAUAACCAAGAAGAAAAAGCCUGCAUCCAUCAUUGUCCGGAUGAUGUUGCGUGUGUUUUUGAGCUUGGUUUGUUUCACUAUAGCCGUUGGAUUCCCGUUCUUGCCUUAUCUAGCGGUUCUUAUUGGAGCAAUAGCCUUGCUUGUGACGUUUACGUAUCCAUGUUUCAUGUGGAUCUCUAUCAAAAAGCCCCAAAGGAAAAGCCCAAUGUGGUUGUUUAACGUUUUGGUGGGUUGCCUAGGUGCUUCUCUCAGCGUUUUGCUUCUGGUUGCCUCGGCUAUGCGUUUGGCUCAAAAGGGUUUGCAUGCUAACUUCUUCAGACCCUAAAGCAUCCUUGCAAUCGUUAGAAUGUAAUUAGAAUUUGUGGCACACGUGGUAAACUUGGGACUACUAACAUGUUCAGUUGAAAUAUUUAAAUUUUGUAAUUAUGAUAUUUUAAUGUAUACUUCUCUCAAAAAAGAGAAAAUCGUCAGUUGAUGACAACACUAUUCAACUUGUUAAUUCCAAAAUAUUGAAUAUCUUUACGCACUAUAAUAAUGAAAAAUGUGGUAUAUACAAAAGUAAAACAUUUCCAUCCCUCUUUACAUGUAUAUCUCACCGAUUAAGUCAUGAAAUAAUUUAAUCUUCUCUAAAUCAUCAUUAUGCUGUUCAUUUUGAUCAAUGAUCAGAACAGGACUUGGAGAGAUCAAGUGUCUUGCCAAGUUUAUCGCCAUAAAAAGUGAUGCUGCAUUUGAUAUUCGAGUGGAACGUAGUCUUGACCAAUCGUCCGAGCACAUAGGCUCGUGCUCGCAACGUAAAAGUCAGGUUAAGAGGCAAAACGACUUGGUCCGGUUCAGCUCGUUGGCCAAACAGAGCCGGUACGCCUCCAUACAGAGGAAUUUGAUCCCCAAAUACUUUGGUCUCAAUGAUUCUCUCGCUUUUCCUUCGUUGAGAGAACUCUCCCAUCUAUUUUAGUCACACACGUUAAAAAAAAUAGUUCAUCAAGAAUCAAGAACCGGCCCGGUUAAAU